AUGGAGGAGGAGGAUGUCGUCCAUAUAAUGUCAUACCUGCGCUCCUGGAAAAAGGUGGAUGCAGUUAAGAUUGUGUACAAUGGCAAGGCUACUGAGGUAUGCGUGGGUAGCCUGGCAAAGGAUGAAUUUAUGGAAUGUGAGUUAUAUGUUAGUGAAGCUGUUACGAAAAGAAACAAGUAUAAGGAAGAUUCUAUAGCCAGUGGGGGCAGAGUGGUUAAAUUCACAGACCUGUUUGCUGAUCAUAGUUUGGUGUCAUUCAAGGAUGUGGCCAUAGACUUCUCACAGGAAGAGUGGGAGUGCCUGGACUUGGAACAGAAGGAUUUGUACAGAGACGUGAUGUUGGAGAACUACAGCAACCUGGUCUCACUGGGAUUUUCCAUUUCUAAGCCAGAUGUGCUCUCCUUAUUGGAGCAAGGGAAGGACCCUUGGAAGGUUGUAUGGGAUGUGACAAGAGGUCUGAGCCCAGACUGGGAAUCCAGGUGUGAAACCAAGAAGCUAUCAUCAAAAAGAGAAAUUUAUGAACUAGAAGCAUCUCAGUGGGAGAUAGUAGAACAACUUACAAGCCAUAAGUGUGAGUGCAAAAGUUUUCAAGAUGAUAAGGAAUGCAGAGACCAGUUUGAAAGCCAUUUAGGAAGUAAAGAGGGACUUUUUAGGCAACUAGUAGUCUAUGAAGAAAUGCCUAAUUUUAGUCAAACCACAUCCCUUAAGUUACAACAGAGAAUUCAUUCUACUGAGAAAUUCUAUGAAUGUAAAGCAUGCAGAAAAUAUUUUAUCCUUGGCUUUCAACAGACUGAACAUCAGAAAAAUCAUUCUGAUGAAAAAUUCUAUGAAUGUAAAGAAUGUGGAAAGGCCUUUAUUUGGGACUCACAACUUACUUACCAUCAAAGAGUUCAUGUUGCUAAGAAACCCUAUGAAUGUAAGGAAUGUAGAAAAGCUUUUAUCUGUGCCUCGCAACUUAUUUGUCAUCAAAGAAUUCAUACUGGAGAGAAACCUUAUGAAUGUAAAGAGUGUGGGAAGGCCUUUAUUCGUAGCUCUCAUCUUACUCAGCAUCAAAUAAUUCAUACUGGUGAAAGACCCUAUGAAUGUAAUGCAUGUGGGAAGGCCUUUUUUCGUGGCUCACAACUUACUUACCAUCAGAGAGUUCAUACUGCAGAGAAACCCUAUCAAUGUAAGGAAUGUGGAAAGGCCUUUAUUCGUGGCUCUCAACUUACUGAACAUCAGAGAAUUCAUACUGGUGAGAAACCCUAUGAAUGUAAGAAAUGUGGGAAAGCCUUUAGUUAUGGUUCACAGCUUACUCUACAUUAUAGACUCCAUACUGGUGAAAAGCCUUAUAAAUGUAAAGACUGUGAGAUGUCCUUUAUUCGUGGCUCACAACUUACUGAACAUCAGAGGAUCCAUACAGGUAAGAAACCACACGAAUGUAAGCAGUGUGGAAAGGCCUUUAACUAUGGCUCACAGCUUAUUCGACAUCAGAGGAUUCAUACUGGUGAGAAACCAUAUGAAUGUCAAGAAUGUGGGAAAUCAUUUAUUCGUGGCUCACAACUUACUGAACAUCAAAAAAUUCACACUGGUGAAAAACCCUUUGAAUGUAAGGAAUGUAGGAAAGCCUUUAUUCGUGGCUCACAUCUUACUCAGCAUCAGAGAAUUCAUACUGGUGAAAAGCCCUAUGAAUGUAAAGAAUGUGGAAAGGCCUUUAUUUAUGGCUCACAACUGUCCCAACAUCAGAAAAUUCAUACAGGUGAGAAUCCCUAUGAAUGUAAGCAGAAACCAUAUGAAUGUAAGGAAUGUGGUAAGACUUUUAUUCGUAGCUCACAGCUAACUUGCCAUCAGAGAGUUCAUACUGGUGAGAAGCCCUAUGAAUGUAAUGAAUGUGGGAAGGCCUUUAUUCGUGGUUCACAUCUGACUCAGCAUCAGAGAAUUCAUACUGGUGAGAAACCAUACAAAUGUAACGAAUGUGGGAAGGCCUUUAAUCGUGGAUCACAGCUCACUCAACAUCAGAGAAUUCAUUCUGGCGAGAAGCCUUAUAAAUGUAAUGCAUGUGGUAAGGACUUUAGACGUCAUUCACACCUUACUCAACAUCAGAAACUUCAUAAUGGAGAAAAACUGUAUGAAAAAAUUAAUUUAGUAAAUCCUUUACCUGUUUGCCCAUGA